UGGGAUGCCCCCCUUCGCCACCAUCAGACGGACGUCAUUUCGGGGUCUGCCUCGUCUCUCGAGCGCCAGCUGAUUAGCUCCAUCUGGAGCGCCACCAAUAAUUGCCUUGCCCGCCUGGGCAACGCGGCUCAAAUUUCGCGUCGCCUAGAAACUUCCUUCCAAAGAUUCGAAAAUCCCUUUUCAUCCCUUAUCGUUUUGUUCGGUUUUGAUUUCUGGACAUCUUUGAAAGAACACAAUCUCUACUUUCUACAGGUCAGUGGCCUUUUUUUCUGCACCUGCUUUUUCUACUCAACGUUUUUCAUAGGCUUGUGUUGACGGCAUGUUGCUUUCUUAAAAAAAUUUAUCGGUUAGUGUAGUUGCAAUAUCAUCGGCAACUGCUUUAUGAUGUUUCUGCGGGCACAGACAGAGAACUGAUGGUCUUGUGCUGAAUAUGCACAUUGUGCGUGUUUAAUUCUUGAGUUGUUUUUGUUAAAAGAGCUUGUUUAUUGUUUCAAGUGAUCGAUAAUUCUGUGGGAUUUGCUUGAGCUACCUUUCUGGUUAAUUUCAUAUCUUCGGCGGGAUGAGAGUUUUGGGGUUUUUUUUGUUGGCAAUUUUGUGGGUUCUUGCAAGCUUCAAGCAGGCAAGAUCACAUGGAAAUCAGCAGCCACUCUCAAAAAUUGCCAUUCACAAGGCAGUCUUUGCUCCUCAUGACAUUGCCUAUGUCAAAGCAUCUCCUGCAAUUCUUGGAUUGAAGGGGCAAAAUACAGAAUGGGUGACUCUGGAGUAUAGCUAUCCAGAUGCUUCAAUUGAUGAUUGGAUUGGGGUGUUUUCUCCUGCCAAUUUCAGUGCUUCUCUCUGCCCUGCUGAAAAUAUAAGAGUUAGUCCACCACUAUUAUGUUCUGCACCUAUUAAGUAUCAAUAUGCAAAUUACACCAGUCCAGACUACGCAAAUACGGGAAAAGGGUCCUUGAAGCUGCAAUUGAUUAACCAGAGAUCAGACUUCUCCUUUGCACUAUUUUCUGGUGGACUAGUGAAUCCAAAGAUGGUGGCAGUAUCAAAUACAAUAGCGUUUGCAAAUCCCAAUGCACCAGUUUACCCACGCUUGGCUCAAGGAAAAAUAUGGAACGAAAUGACUGUGACAUGGACAAGUGGAUAUGGAAUUAAUGAAGCAGAACCUUUUGUUGAAUGGGGUCCACGAGGAGCAGACCAAAAGCGUUCCCCAGCAGGGACUCUGACUUUUGACCGUAACAGCAUGUGCGGUGCUCCUGCAAGGACAGUGGGAUGGCGUGAUCCUGGAUUCAUUCACACUAGUUUUCUAAAGGAAUUGUGGCCCAACUCAGUGUAUACCUACAAGCUGGGGCACAGAUUGUUCAAUGGUACAUUUAUAUGGAGUCAGAUAUACCAGUUUAGGGCAUCUCCUUAUCCUGGUCAAAACUCUCUACAACGUGUAGUUAUCUUUGGUGAUAUGGGAAAGGAUGAGGUUGAUGGCUCCAAUGAAUAUCAUAAUUAUCAACGUGGUUCUCUUAACACUACCAAGCAGCUCAUUAAAGACUUGAAGAACAUUGAUAUAGUCUUUCACAUUGGGGAUAUUUGUUAUGCAAAUGGGUAUCUUUCACAGUGGGAUCAAUUUACUUCGCAGAUAGAGCCUAUUGCCUCAACUGUGCCUUAUAUGAUUGCAAGUGGUAACCAUGAGCGUGACUGGCCCGGAACAGGAUCUUUCUAUGGGAACAUGGAUUCGGGAGGUGAAUGUGGUGUAUUGGCUGAGACUAUGUUUUAUGCUCCUGCUGAGAACAGGGCUAAAUUUUGGUAUUCCAUUGACUAUGGCAUGUUCCGAUUUUGCAUUGCUGAUACAGAACAUGAUUGGAGAGAGGGAACUGAGCAAUACAAGUUCAUUGAACACUGCCUAGCUUCCGUUGAUAGGCAGAAGCAACCAUGGUUGAUCUUCCUUGCACAUCGAGUAUUGGGUUAUUCUUCUUCUUUAUAUUAUGCUAUAGAAGGAUCAUUUGCAGAACCUAUGGGGAGGGAAAGCCUUCAAAAACUUUGGCAGAAGUACAAGGUUGACAUAGCCGUCUUUGGGCAUGUGCACAAUUACGAAAGGAUUUGCCCCAUUUACCAGAACAUCUGCACAAACGAAGAGAAACGCUAUUACAAGGGCACCUUGAAUGGGACAAUACAUGUGGUUGCUGGAGGUGGAGGAGCAAGCCUUUCAAAUUUCACCACCCUGCAGACCAAGUGGAGUUAUUUUAGAGACUGUGACUAUGGGUUUGUAAAGCUUACAGCAUUUGACCACUCAAACCUAUUGUUCGAGUACAAGAAGAGCAGGGACGGAAAGGUUUAUGACUCUUUCAGAAUAUCUCGUGAUUACAGGGAGAUCUUAGCCUGCACAGUGGAUAGUUGCCCAGGUUCAACUUUGGCAACUUAAUUCAGAUAGGAAGGUAACGUUUGCUAGUUUAUCACACACUGGGUUUGAUUUGGCUCAUCAUAUGGCAUUUGAUCUACAACAGCGACGUCCUUGUAAUAAAAUGAAGGACCCAACGAGUCCUUUUAGUAAAUAAAACGUUUACUUUUUUGGGUGCAA